ACCGGGCAAGAUCAACAUCGCUCCCGUUCAAUUUGGAACAAUAAUCCGGAAUCACUUAUUCCCAUCAGUCAUCGAGGGACAUGUCGAUUGCCCCGUUGGAAUGAUCGACUGCAGCCCUAUCUAGAGAGGACGGGAUUGCACAUGCUGAGGCACUUUAUGAGGCUUGAUAUUGACAAUGAUCUGCUGACGGCAAUGGCUGAGCGAUGGCGCCCCGAGCUGCAUACCUUCCACUUUCCCGAG